AUGGCUUCGACCUUCUUCAACAACAAAGCCCGAGCUGCGGCGGCAGCAGCAACCAGCGGCUCGAAGCAGAAGCCAACAGACGCAAAGGAGGAGCAGACGAGGUUACAGCCCUGGGUCGAGAAAUACCGUCCUAAGACACUCGAUGAUGUCGCUGCGCAAGAUCACACAACGAAGGUUCUCCAGCGGACAUUACAAGCUUCGAAUCUUCCACACAUGCUUUUCUAUGGUCCUCCAGGUACCGGAAAGACGUCAACCAUCCUCGCCCUCGCCAAGUCGCUAUUCGGCCCUGCACUGUACCGCUCCCGCAUCCUCGAGCUGAACGCUUCGGACGAACGUGGUAUCGGGAUCGUCCGCGAGAAGAUCAAGGGUUUUGCCCGCACACAGCUCAGCCAGCCCACCGGCCUCGACUCGUCAUACUUCGAACAGUACCCCUGCCCACCGUUCAAGAUCAUCAUCCUCGAUGAGGCGGACAGCAUGACUCAGGACGCACAGUCCGCGCUCCGCCGCACAAUGGAACAGUACAGCCGCAUCACCCGUUUCUGUCUCGUCUGCAACUACGUCACGCGCAUCAUCGAGCCGCUCGCCAGUCGAUGCAGCAAGUUCCGCUUCAAGCCGCUGGACAACUCGGCCGCCGGCGAGCGGCUGAAGUCCAUUGCCGAGCAGGAGAACCUGAAUCUUGAGGACGGGGUCAUUGAAAAGCUGAUCAGCUGCGGCGAAGGUGACUUGCGACGGGCUAUUACGUACAUGCAGAGUGCCGCGCGGCUGGUAGGGGUGGGUCGGGCAGCGGCGCCGAAGGAUGGAGACGAGGAUUCCGAGAUGGCAGACGCGGGCUCGCAGGCGAUUACGGUGAGGACUAUUGAGGAGAUUGCCGGUGUUGUGCCUGAGAGUGUUCUGGAUCGCCUGGUCCAGGCCAUGCAGCCGAAGAAACUGGGGUCGUCGUACGAAGCGGUUUCGGCGGUGGUUACUGAUAUUGUUGCGGAUGGGUGGAGUGCGGGUCAACUGGUCUUGCAGCUGUAUCGGCGGAUUGUCUACAAUGACGCCAUCCCGGAUAUUCAAAAGAAUAGAAUUGUCACUGCCUUCUCGGAGAUGGACAAGCGCCUUGUCGAUGGAGCAGAUGAACACCUCUCGAUACUGGACCUGGCUCUCAGGAUAUCAGGUAUACUGGGAGGCUCAUGA